AAUGAUGACCCAUUGCCUGUUGGGAUUGAUGCCGGGGCCGAGACGACGUGAGAAAAAACGGAGAGACGCAAAAUUUCACUGUUUAUUUGUGUUUUGGGCCCAGAAUGUCGUCAGUCUUAACUUCCGCUUUGUGUCGAAUGUAUUCUUAAAAUAAAAAUGGAGGUCAGUGGCCGAUGAGACCGUUGUCAUGGCGGUUCCCAUUUUACUGACUCUUGUGAGAAGAAAUUUCAUCCUACAUGGAUGCAAGUUGCACCAUCGACAUAAGAAAUGUGGAGACGGUCCCUGAUCAGAUAACCUCUGGAGACAGCCCCCACAAUGUCAUCGUGGACAGUCCGGGUCACAUGGUGGAUCUGGGAGAGGAGGACAGUCUGGGGGGAGAACAGUUAGUGGAUGUUCCCAGCACGCUUCCCAACUCAGCCACUGAUGUCAACUUACUUCUACUCCACUCCAACGGGGGAGGUAACCUCUCCUUAGAGUCCCCGGCGACCAACGUCCCGCAGCACCUGGAUACUCAGACCGUCCAGGCCGUAACCCUGGCUGAUGGAACGACAGCCUUCAUUCAGCAUCCUAAAGGAGGGAAGUUUAUGGAGGGGCAGACCAUUAGUCUGGAGGACGGGAGUACAGCGGUGGUACAGGGGGUCAGUCACGUGUUGCCAGUGAACAACAUUCAGUCCGAGAUGGACAGUGUGGUCAAUCCCAACAUUGUACUGACCGAUUCCUCCCAGGUCGGAGGUCAACCAAUCCAGCUAGAGGACGGGACCACUGCAUUCCUCCACCACACCCCAAAAGAGGGGUUACAAGCCAUUCAGUUGGAGGACGGGACGACAGCAUACAUCACCCACCCCUCAGCUGAGUCUCUGUUUGGUGACGCCCAGAUCACAAAUCUGGAUAGCGGGACGCUUAGUCUUGAUCAGCUCGCCGCUCAGGUUACGGUAGAUCAGAUAAAAGAACCUGGAUUAGAAUCUCUACAGACAUCAACAAGUCCUCUAGGACCCAGUGCUUCUGUUGUACAUACUGUGAUAGCUGCUGGGUUAGCACCUGAUGAGAAGACGAUGGUGUUUGGUGAAAAAGCGUAUCGCUGUAGCUUUGAUGGCUGUGGCAGGCUGUACACCACACAACACCACCUCAAAGUUCAUGAACGAUCUCACACUGGAGUCCGUCCGUUUAAAUGUGAUUACGAGGGAUGUGGUAAAGCCUUCGCUACCGGGUACGGACUGAAAUCUCACACACGUGUUCAUACCGGGGAAAAACCCUACAAAUGUCCAGAGGAGGGGUGUGACAAGGGGUUCAAAACAUCGGGGGACCUACAGAAACAUGUCCGUACCCACACAGGAGAGCGUCCCUUUAAGUGUCCAUUUGAGGGUUGUGAGCGAUCUUUUACGACGUCCAACAUCAGAAAGGUUCACAUCCGAACUCAUACCGGCGAACGUCCGUACAUCUGUAAUGAGGAAGGGUGUGGCCGAGCAUUCGCCAGUGCCACCAACUAUAAAAAUCACAUCAGGAUCCACACAGGAGAGAAGCCCUAUGUAUGUACGGUACACGGCUGUGGUAAGCGGUUUACAGAGUACUCCUCCCUCUAUAAACACCACGUGGUUCACACCCACUCCAAACCCUACCACUGUAACCACUGCGGUAAGACGUACAGACAGACGUCCACGCUGGCCAUGCACAAACGGACGGCUCACGGAGAAGAUACCACAGCGGAGUACGAGGCCCAGGUCUACAACGAACAGAUCUUCUCAAAAAAUGGGGAACAACCGCCAGAAAAGAGGGCGAAGUUUGAGUACAGCAUAGAGGCAAAGGAGGAAGAUGGGGAAACCCUGAUUCAGAAUGAGGCUGUUGUUAUUAACACGGAGACACAGAAUACACAGGAAUCUCUAUUACCCAAUGACCAGGUGCCGGCCAGUGCUAACAUAGCCACCAUCACAAUGGGGGAACAUGGUCAACAACAGGUGUUUGUCAUCACCGACCCAGCUCAACUCGAGGCUCUACAGCAAUUAGCAGCACAGCAGCAACAACAACAAAGGGACAGUAUGACUGAGACAACUGAUCAGCCGCUGACAACGCUAGGGGUGGAUCAGACAGGAGCGGAAACUCCAUCAGACCAGGUCUGCACCCCGUCAGACAUAAACCACCAAUCUACCGAGACUCUGACCAAUCUGGAACACCCCGAGGACAUGUGUGACCCGAAGCUGGAGCCCGAGGGCAAUGUUGAGUCUGUGGUGUUAGAGACUGAUUCAACCUAUGAAGAGAAAGAAAUCCUACAGAGUGUGACAGGAGGUGACAUAGUCACGGACAGUGAUAUUGGUACAGAGGGCCACAUGACAACAGAUGGUGACAUAGUCACAGAAAAUGAUAUUGUUACAGAGGGCGACAUUACAACAGAUGGUGACAUUGUCACGGACAAUGAUAUAGGUACAGAAGGUGACAUGACAGUGUCUGGAACAAUACAAGUCCUCGAGGAAACUGUGCAGACAUAAUCCAUAUUGUUGUUUAUUUAUUUCUUUAUCUGAAUAAAAUUUGUUGCUAUUUA